GGAGUGACGUCUCCGAAUGUUGUUGUUGGUGGCGGUGGCGAGCGGAGCCGGAGGAGCCGCCGCAAAGAUGGAGGAGCCGUCGAGGAGGUGCUGCCGCUGCUGCCGCCGCCGCUGCUGCCGCCGCCGCCCGCGAAGCCGGAGCUCGAGCCGCAGGGGGAAUGCUGUUCUGAAUGCCUGACUGCCUCGCCCCGAAGGAUGGCCUCGGAUGGGCGUUAGAGGCACAGCGGCCCCGGGCUCCUGUCCCGUCCGUCUGUCUGUUAUCGUCUGUCUCUCUUGACAUCACCGCAGCUCCACCCCCUCCCGUCCCAGCCCCCAACGCCAGCUUCCUGCAGGCCCAGAGCCGGCAUGAACUCUCCCACCGAGUCGGCAGAUGGGAUGCCAGGCCGGGAACCAGCCUUGGAAAUCCUGCCCCGGACCCCUCUGCACGGCAUCCCUGUGACAGGUGCUGGUUCUCAUGGCCGCCACUGCCACCUGCUCUGCUCGUGCCAAACUGGCCGAGGGCGCAGAUCCUCGAAAGUAGAGGUGAAGCCGGUGCUGCCAGGAGCCAUGCCCAGCUCCAUGGGGGGCGGGGGAGGAGGCAGCCCCAGCCCCGUGGAGCUGCGGGGGGCUCUGGCAGGCCCCGUGGACCCCGCGCUGCGGGAGCAGCAACUGCAGCAGGAGCUCCUGGCGCUCAAGCAGCAGCAGCAGCUGCAGAAGCAGCUCCUGUUCGCUGAGUUCCAGAAACAGCAUGACCACCUGACCCGGCAGCAUGAAGUCCAGCUGCAGAAGCACCUCAAGCAGCAGCAAGAGAUGCUGGCAGCCAAGAGGCAGCAGGAGCUGGAGCAGCAGCGGCAGCGGGAGCAGCAGCGGCAGGAGGAGCUGGAGAAGCAGCGGCUCGAGCAGCAGCUGCUCAUCCUUCGAAACAAGGAGAAGAGCAAAGAGAGUGAGGCUGGGGCGCCUCUAGCCGUGCCCUGUCCCACAGGUGCCAUCGCCAGCACCGAGGUGAAGCUACGGCUCCAGGAAUUCCUCCUGUCGAAGUCAAAGGAGCCCACACCAGGCGGCCUCAACCAUUCCCUCCCACAGCAUCCCAAAUGCUGGGGAACCCACCAUGCUUCUUUGGACCAGAGUUCCCCUCCCCAGAGCGGCCCUCCUGGGACGCCUCCCUCCUAUAAACUGCCUUUGCUUGGGCCCUACGACAGCCGCGAUGACUUCCCCCUCCGCAAAACAGCCUCCGAACCCAACUUAAAAGUACGUUCGAGGCUAAAGCAGAAGGUGGCCGAGCGGAGAAGCAGUCCCCUCUUGCGUCGCAAGGACGGGACUGUCAUUAGCACCUUUAAGAAGAGAGCUGUUGAGAUCACAGGUGCCGGACCUGGGGUGUCCGCCGUGUGUAACAGCGCGCCAGGCUCUGGCCCCAGCUCUCCCAACAGCUCCCACAGCACCAUCGCGGAGAAUGGCUUUACGGGCUCUGUUCCCAACAUCCCCACCGAGAUGCUCCCCCAGCACCGGGCCCUCCCUCCGGACACCUCCCCCAACCAGUUCAGCCUCUACACGUCUCCCUCUCUGCCCAACAUCUCCCUAGGGCUGCAGGCCACGGUCACUGUCACCAACUCGCACCUCACCGCCUCCCCGAAGCUGUCGACGCAGCAGGAGGCCGAGAGGCAGGCCCUCCAGUCUCUGCGGCAGGGCGGUGCACUGACCGGCAAGUUCAUGAGCACAUCCUCCAUCCCUGGCUGCCUGCUGGGCGUGGCACUGGAGGGCGACUCGAGCCCCCACGGGCAUGCCUCACUGCUGCAGCAUGUGCUGCUGCUGGAACAAGCCCGGCAGCAGAGCACCCUCAUUGCUGUGCCGCUCCACGGGCAGUCCCCGCUGGUGACGGGUGAGCGCGUGGCCACCAGCAUGCGGACAGUGGGCAAGCUUCCGCGGCACCGGCCCCUGAGCCGCACCCAGUCUUCACCGCUGCCCCAGAGCCCCCAGGCGCUGCAGCAGCUGGUCAUGCAGCAGCAGCACCAGCAGUUCCUGGAGAAGCAGAAGCAGCAGCAACUGCAGCUGGGCAAGAUCCUUACCAAGACAGGGGAGCUGCCACGGCAGCCCACCACCCACCCCGAGGAGACGGAGGAGGAGCUGACGGAGCAGCAGGAGGCCUUGCUGGGGGAGGGAGCCCUGACCAUACCCCGAGAAGGCUCCACCGAGAGUGAGAGCACCCAGGAAGACCUAGAAGAGGAGGAAGAAGAGGAGGAGGAAGAGGAGGAGGAGGAGGAGGACUGCAUCCAGGUCAAGGAUGAGGAGCGCGAGAGCGGUGCUGAAGAGGGGCCCGACUUGGAGGAGUCCAGUGCUGGUUACAAAAAGGCAUUUGCAGACACCCAGCAGCUGCAGCCGCUGCAGGUGUACCAGGCACCCCUCAGCCUGGCCACUGUGCCCCACCAGGCCCUGGGCCGCACCCAGUCCUCACCUGCUGCCCCUGGGGGCAUGAAGAGCCCCCCAGACCAGCCCACCAAGCACCUCUUCACCACAGGUGUGGUCUACGACACGUUCAUGCUGAAGCACCAGUGCAUGUGUGGGAACACACACGUGCACCCCGAGCAUGCUGGCCGGAUCCAGAGCAUCUGGUCCCGGCUGCAGGAGACAGGCUUGCUCAGCAAGUGUGAGCGAAUCCGGGGUCGUAAAGCCACGCUGGAUGAGAUCCAGACGGUGCACUCCGAGUACCACACCCUGCUCUACGGUACCAGCCCCCUCAACCGGCAGAAGCUGGACAGCAAGAAGCUGCUCGGCCCCAUCAGCCAGAAGAUGUAUGCCAUGCUGCCUUGUGGGGGCAUUGGGGUGGACAGCGACACUGUGUGGAACGAGAUGCACUCCUCCAGUGCCGUGCGCAUGGCGGUGGGCUGCCUGGUGGAGCUGGCAUUCAAGGUGGCCGCAGGGGAGCUCAAGAAUGGAUUUGCCAUCAUCCGGCCCCCAGGACACCACGCGGAGGAAUCCACAGCCAUGGGAUUCUGCUUCUUCAAUUCAGUAGCUAUCACAACCAAGCUCCUGCAGCAGAAGUUGAACGUGGGCAAGGUUCUCAUCGUGGACUGGGACAUUCACCACGGUAAUGGCACCCAGCAAGCAUUUUACAACGAUCCCUCUGUGCUCUACAUCUCCCUGCAUCGCUAUGACAACGGGAACUUCUUUCCGGGCUCCGGGGCUCCUGAAGAGGUUGGCGGAGGGCCGGGCGUGGGGUACAAUGUGAACGUGGCAUGGACGGGAGGUGUGGACCCCCCCAUCGGAGACGUGGAGUACCUCACGGCCUUCAGGACAGUGGUGAUGCCCAUUGCCCACGAGUUCUCACCUGACGUGGUCCUGGUCUCCGCUGGCUUUGAUGCUGUUGAGGGACACCUGUCUCCGCUGGGUGGCUACUCUGUCACCGCCAGAUGUUUUGGCCACUUGACCAGGCAGCUGAUGACGCUGGCAGGGGGCCGGGUGGUGCUGGCCCUGGAGGGAGGCCACGACCUGACCGCCAUCUGUGAUGCCUCUGAGGCCUGUGUCUCGGCACUGCUCAGCGUGGAGCUGCAGCCCUUGGACGAGGCAGUCUUGCAGCAAAAGCCCAACAUCAACGCAGUGGCCACGCUGGAGAAAGUCAUCGAGAUCCAGAGCAAACACUGGAGCUGUGUGCAGAGGUUCGCUGCUGGCCUAGGCCGUUCCCUGCGGGAGGCCCAGGCAGGUGAGACAGAGGAGGCUGAGACUGUGAGCGCCAUGGCCUUGCUGUCGGUGGGGGCCGAGCAGGCCCAGGCGGCUGCAGCCCGGGAGCACAGCCCCAGGCCAGCAGAGGAGCCCAUGGAACAGGAGCCUGCCCUGUGACGCCCUGGCCCCCAUCUCUCUGGGCUUCAUCAUUGUGAUUUUGUUUAUUUUUUCUAUUAAAAACAAAAAGUCACACAUUCAACAA